AUGUAUGACAACUGCGACCCACACUUCUCCUACAACAAGAUCCGUGUGUUUCUCGCCGGUAGCAGGGGAAGUCAAAAACUCCCCAAUGGCGUAAACUUUGAUAAUGGAACACAUCCAAUGCAACCAGUUCGAUUUGCUGGAGGAUCGAAUGCCCAGUCGAGUCUGAUCCAACUCAUUGACCUCGCUUUGGGUGUCAGACAUCACCCCACCAAGAUCCAUGCAGGGAAACGGUUCACUGAUUCGACCCACGAGGAAGAGUCUGAGUUUGUGGCAAGCAUGCGGGACUACAUGUCUGGUCCUCACCGCCGAUUCCUAAUCCGCUUCGCCAAGGUUGCCAAUAUUCGAGCCUUUGUCGAGAUGAACCGAGAUCACGAACAGCUUAUCAACUCAUAUAAUGCUUGUAUCGCUGCUUUGAUCACAAAUCGCUACAUCCUUCUCCAGGACGCGAACAGUAAUCGUAAUGCGAGGAGGUGGCAGGGAGCUUGCGAGCCAUGCCAAGUACAUAUCAACUCGAAACCUCGUUAUGGAGGUCUUACUACCGCAGAAUUGAGUCACGAGGACAGUGAAGUUGCUGCGCGGGGAACAGGGGGUUACAGCGCUCCUUCCGUUCCUCAAACAGAUCCGAGACGAGACCUGCUACUCGUACGCUUGAACUGCUCGCCGAUCUGA